AUGGCAUCCGACGACAAUUUCUCACUAAUGGUGAUCGGACUUUUGAUAUUUUACGGCUUUAUCCUCAUCAUCUCACUUGUGGAUAACAUAUGGGUUUUGGUGACAUGUUAUCGGAACUUGAGGAGAAAUCGGUUUUCUCCGAUGUGGUACGUGGCAAAUUUAGCAUCUGCUGAUCUCCUUUUCACUUUUCUCACUCCUUUCCACGCCAUUGAUUUCAGUUGGCGUUAGGUCGGCGGUGACGUAAUUUGCAAACUUCAAGGAUUUCUCGCCGACGCGAGCUACAAUACUUCAAUCACAACCCUUCUGGUUAUAGUUUACCUAGGAAUCAAAGCUAUCACAGAUACUUUUAAUUCUAGAAGCGACAACUUUUCCAACAGGGAAUACAUAAAACUUCUUUUAAUCUGGUGUAUGUGCUUGGUAAUUUCCUUACCUACAGCAAGUAUUAACAAGGCCGAAACCAACGAGGAUGGAAAACUGAUAUGCGCCAACACCUCUUUGGGAAGCACUGGCAGGGAAAUAUACUGCACCGUACACGCAAUACUUUUCUUCAUAAUUCCAUUGAUCUAUAUAAUUGUAACGCAACGAAAGAUAUUCCACUCUCUUCGAGCGAACGUUAUUCCGAUGCCGUGCAACUCGCAUAUCAUCAACUCAAAUCAAAGACAUAAAAAAGUUGCAAAGACACUUCCUGCUCUUUCUCUUGCCUUCUUUUCGAGCCAGUCUCCAUUUAUGAUUCAUAGACUGCUAAUGUAUUAACUUAGUUCAGCCGGCCUAGUCUGGGGAGCGGCUCAACUGAUGAUAUUUCUAAACGUGGCACUCGAUCCUUUACAAUACGGCUAUUAUGGAGAAAAUUUGAAGUCUAUUGAUGUAAUGAACAGAACGGGCUGA